AUGGACAUAAAGAAAACUAAAAAGAAGCCUGAAUUAAGUGAGCAAUUGUUCGUUGGGAAUUACGUUGAUGUUUACCAUCAAGGAAGUAAACAAUAUAAGUUAGCAUACAUUUUGUCUAAAACAGAUAAAGAGAUUGAAGUAACAUAUGAUGGAUUAUCAAAAAAAGAGAAUGAGGUAUAUUAGUGUAUUUAAACAUUAUGUAGAUAAUUAAAUUAUCGUAAAAUAGAGUGUAAUUCGCAAGAAAAUCUUCUUAAAGUAAAUAAUAAUUUAAAUUAAGAUUACACGGGUGAUGACUAUAGAUAACAAAAAACUUCACGUGAUUAUUUAAAAUAUUCGCGUGAAGAUUGUGAGAAAUAUACAAAAGAAUUGAUUACAAUAAUGUAAACUAAUUUUUAAGGAUUGACACCUAUAGAGAUUACUUAAUGUGUUAGAGUUAGAUAAUUUAUAUGGUUGGAUAUGGUGCUUUCAAGUGAAUUAUAAGCAAAAGAACUUCCAUUUGCAUUAGAAUACAUAAAAAUAUAUUUUAACUUUAUCAAAUGGUACUUUGACUAAUUUCCAAAAUACUUUGCAGAUGUAUAUUAAUCUUUGAAAAUAGUAUGUGAGAUUUUUAAAUAAUGCUGAACUCUUUAUAAUUGAUGAACGAGUCUCAAUAGCAAGUUGUCUUUAAGAAGUCUGUGAAGCCUUCUGUAUGUUGUUUGGUUCUAUCUGGAGAUUAUUGAAAUAAGAGAAUUCCUUUUUUUAUGUAUUUAUUUUAUUUAUUUAUAUAUUAGUUAAAUUAUGAACAUUUGUAAUAAUAAAUAGAUAAGAUAUUUGCAGUUCCUGUAUAUUAAGGAUUUAUAACUAAUCCCAAUAUAGAUGAUUGGAGACUCUAUUAAGGUGCUGGAGAUGUUAUUAAAUGUAUUAAAAAAACAUGGCCCUUUUAUUUAAAGACUAUGUCAUAUUUUAAAUAAAUCUAAGGUCUAUAAAGUUGGGAUAAUCUAUUGAAAUAUUAUGAAGGAGGAGAAUAUAAUUAUAUUCCUUUAAAAGCAAUGUAAAGAAUUGUAUUAACAUAAUAAUAUUUAUCUUCAUACUUUCCAUUAUAAGAAUAAGGAAAUAUGGCUAAGAAAACUUUAGACUGGUUUUAAUAAAGAGUAAUUAAUAUGACCAUUCAAGAUAUUAAAGACACAGAUAUUGAUAUAAUUAGAGAAACUGUAUAAGAAAUGCAAUAUUAUUUUCUAAAAGGAUUUACAUAAGAUUAAUUAAUUAAAUUAGUUGAUGAAAUUCAAUUACAAUUAGCACUUAAAUUUUUGAAAUCUACUUUUCUUGAAAAAAGAGUUAAAGGAUUAUCUGAAAUUAGAGAUUUUACUGAAAAGUUUAAAUUUGAUACAGGAAGUUAAAUUAAAUUGAAAACUUCCAUUAGUAAAGAAGAACUUAUUAGAUGGAUAACUUAAAAUAAGAUUUUAGAUUAUACUGUUUUAGGAGAUUCAGUUCAUCCAGAACUCAUUAAAAGAACUAGUGAUGUUGCAGUAUUUUUAUGUAGAAAUUCAGCAUUCUAAUCUGAUUAUGUAGAUAAAAUUUGGUUUAAUAAUUAUGACAAACAUGAAACUACUCAACUUGCAUUAUAUGAAUUUUUUAAAGCUGUUUCUCCAGUUUUAUAAUUCUAAGGAAUUGAAAAACUUUAUAAUCAUAUUUCUAAUAUUCCAUAUACAAAAUAUAAUGAAAAUAUUGUAGGAAUGAUUAGAACAUUUACAGAAGCAGCCUUAUCUUAAAGAUUCCAUGAAUAACAAUUAUAAUUAAGACCUGAUAAAAGAUUUAUGACAUUUAAUUAAUUAUGGGAAUUAUUAUAAGAUAGAGAUGAUUCAUUAGUUGGUAGUCAUAUUUAAGAAUAAUGCUUUUAAGCAGCUCGUAUGAUUAUUUCCCAAAUUCCAUAAACUAAAUAAUUUAUCUCUUAAUAUUUUGGAAAAUGUUUUGAAUUGAUUGGCAAUCAUAAAUCUGUUUAUUAAGCUAUAAGUUUUGUACAUUAUUUCCUUGAUAAAUAAUUUAAAGAUGAUAAAAGUAAAAAGGAAUUAAUUCAAUCUACUGAUGAAAAAUAUAAUAUCAUAGAAUUAUUUGUUAAAGAUAUUGAAGUUUAUAUGGAAAAAGUAAGGUUGUAUUUUAAAAAUGAAAUAACUUAAGAUAUUAUUAUUAAUGGAGUCUAAAAAUUUAGUUAAAAUGUCUUCUUUAGAUUAUAAAUGCUCAAUUAUUUACUUUAAUAAACUGAUCUCAAAAUUAAUUAUGAUUAAAGUGUAAGAUUAUGGGAUGCUUUAGCUUCUAAAACUAAAGGAAAUAUAUAGAAAAAAGAAUUAAAUAAAAUUCUUAUUAGCAAUUGUUAUACAGAUUUUGCUUAAUUUAGAAUUAAUUAAAUUUAUUUUGAUAAAGAAGGUGAAUCUAAGUUCUUCACCUAAAUUUUAUGCAAUCCUGAAAGGAAUGAUUAUGAAAAGUAAAAGUGUUUAAUCAAUAAUUUAGUUAUACAAUUGAAGAUUUCGAAUUAUUUUAAGUGUUUUUCAAAUCCUACAAUCAAACUAGACAAAUGUUAAAAUAUUAUAGUAGUUCUAUCCGUUUCAUUGUAAAUGAUCAUAAUUUUGAAGGAAAAAAUGCCAUUUGGUAAAUUUUUGCCAAAGUUAAAGAUCUUGUCCUCCUUGAAUAAAUAGCCAAUUUCAUUAUUAAUUUAUAUACUUCACUAAAUUACACUCUCGAUGCUAAAUGUGAUAAAAUAUAUCAAGAAAUGAUGGAUAAAUGUUUAGAACUUAUUUAGUAAUAAUGUCCUAGUUUAACAACAAGAUCUAUUAAUCUUUUACUCUCUUUAUUCAAUUAUUUCUAAAGUGGUCCUAUUUCAAAAAAAUCAGCUAAACCAAUUAAUUAUAUUUAAUUUAAAGCUUAAAUUAUAAGUGCUAAUAAUUAAAUGUCUGUUAAAGAAUUUAAAGAAGGUGAUACAACAACUGUGAAUUAAUGGAAAUAAAAAUUAUCUGAGGAAUUAUAAGUUGCUUAUUAACAAUUAGACAUUUUUGUAGAUAAUAAACCAAUUGAACAAUAAUUUGAUAUUGUAGAAACUUAAGCUAAUCAUGUAUUCUGUUAAUUGCCCUCAGUAAAGGUGAAAAUUAAUAAUAAAAAUCAUCCUAAAAAUUACCUUUCUUAAGAAUAGCGAACUUUUGAUAUUCUAUUUAAAUUACUUGAUAAAUAAGAAAGUAUUGAAUUUUUGUCAUAGGUUUGGGAUUUAAUUAAUAGAUUGCCUACUAAUAUUUAAAUAAAAAAGUAAGUUGAAAAUUGUAAAGAUUGGAAAAAAUACUUAGAUCACACAUUCUUUGAUAUGUUUUAUGUAUUAUAAAUCAUAUAAGCAUUAUUAGAAAAUGGAUAAUGGUGUGAAUAAUUUAAUAAUUCUGAUGGAGUUGAUGUGGUAACUUAAAAAUUCUUAGGUUAAAAUUUGUAAUUUGAACAACGACCACUUGAAAUUAGAUGUUGUUUAACAUAUUUAGAAAUUUUAAGCCAUUAAAAUAUAAAGAUAAAAGAACCUUAAAUAAUAGAUUAAAUUAAACAAAAAAUUUUAGAUAUAAUUUAGAAGCUCUGUUAUUAUAUAAAAUCAAAGAAAAAGUUGGAAUUAGGAUAAAAGAAAACUCCUUAAUAAAAAGAAAUGAAUGAAAUAGAAACACGUCUUCUUAGAAGAUGCUUUAAUUAUUUAAAUGAAUCAGGUUGUAAAAAAUACAUUAGAUAAAAUGAUGAAUUGUAAUAACAACUCUAUAAUUAUUUUGUAGAACAUGAAAAUUAAGAUUUAAAAAAAGAAUAUGGAGCUUAAUUGUUAAAUUUGGUUAAUACUUAAGAAAGUAAAUUAUUGAUAAAAAUAAUGCUUAAUGAUGUUUUAAAGAAUGUUAUUACAAAUAACAAAUAAAAAUGUGAACAUUUUUUUGAAUUUUGUUGUAGUCUUUUACAACAAGAAAAUAAUUUACAUAUAGAAAAUUUUGAUUGUGAAGCUUUAUUAUCUUAUAUAAAAUAAAUACUACAAUAAUUACCAUUGAAUGAAAAUACAAUAAAAGAUUAAGAUUAAAUUUUGAUAGGUUUACUAAAACUUCUUAAUGUAAUAAUAGAUAAGUCACCUCAUUUAUCAAAUAAUAAUUAAUUAUUUGAACAGAUUUUAAGUUAUUUGUUAGAAAAUGAAGGUGAAACAAGAUGUAAAUGUAAAUCUUAAUAAUCAAGAACUGCUGGAUUUAAUUGUUUAUUUACACUUUUGAAAAAUUAAUAAAAUAUGAAUAGAUUUUUAAAGACUGUAUCACCUUUGCAUUAAACAAAUACUUGGAGAACAAAGCAUUUAAAUGAUUGGAAUAUUUAGAGUAAAUUUCAUGAGAAAUCAUCUACAGGAUAUGUUGGUUUAUAUAAUUUAGCAUGUAUUUGUUAUAUGAAUUCUUUAUUAUAAUAAUUGUAUAUGGUUCCAGCAUUUAGAGAAAGAUUACUGAGAGUGGAAGAUAAAAAUACUUGUAUUUAAGAAGAGAAUUUGUUACAUUAAUUAAAAUGUUUAUUUUUAGCAUUAAAAUAUUCAUAAAAAUAAUAUCAUAAUCCAAAAAAGUUUUGUCAUGCAUUUAAAGAUUUAGAUGGAAAUCCGACAAAUAUAUUUGAAUAAAUGGAUGUUGAUGAAUUUUGUAAUUUAUUAAUGGACAGAAUUGAAUUAAAUAUAAAGUCAACUUCAGAUGAAGAUUUAGUUAAACGUUUUUUUGGUGGUGUAAUGUCAAAUGAAAUAAUAGGCAAAACUUGUCCUCAUUAUUCAGAAAGAGAAGAACCUUUCUUUGCUAUAUCAUUACCUGUAGCAAAUAAAAAGAAUUUAGAAGAAUGUUUAUAAACUCUAGUUCAUGGAGAUCUACUUGAAGGUGAAAAUGCAUACAAUUGUGAAUAAUGUAAUAAAAAAGUUAGUGCUUUGAAGAGAAUGUGUAUUAAGAAAUUACCGGAUCAUCUUAUUCUUGUUUUAAAAAGAUUUAAUUUUGAUUUUGAUUUAAUGGCUAAAGCUAAAAUUAAUGAUAGAAUAGAAUUCCCUUUUGAAUUAGAUUUACUACCAUAUUCAUAAUAAGGAUUAAGAUAAUAAGAAAAUAGAGCUAAUAAUUCAAAUCAUUAAGAUAAUCCUUAAGAAUAUUAUUAAUAUAGAUUAACAGGAGUUGUUAUUCAUAUGGGUUCUGCUGAUAGUGGACAUUAUUAUUCAUUUAUUUAAGAUAAGAAUGAUUUAAAUAAAUGGUAUGAAUUUAAUGAUAUUGUUGUGACUCCUGCUGAUAUUAAAGAUCUUAAAAAUGAUGCUUUUGGAGGUUCAGAUAAAAUGUUAAAGAAUAAAUAUCCAACAUAAUUAAAAGAUAAAUCUAAAAGUGCUUAUAUGCUUUUCUAUGAAAGAAUCAAACCAGUUAAUAUUACUGAUUAAAUUUAAUCAAUUAAUGUUGAAUUAGAUUCUAAAACAACAAAAUUUUUAGAUGAAAUUAAAGAUGAAAAUAGGAAAUUUUAAAUUCAACGAUUUAUUUUUAGUCCAGAAUAUUUUAAUUUUAUAUAAAAUGUCAUCAAAUUCUAAUUAUAAUAAUAAUAAGUCUAAGAUUAAAUUAUUAAAACACUUGUUUUCUUUUAUUUAACAUGUGCAGUUCGAGAAAAUGAUAAAACAUUUGUUUCAAAUAAUAUUUUAGAUAUAUAAGAAUUAUUAAAAAAGUCACCUAAUACUUGUUAAUGGUUAUUAAAAUGUUUUAAUUAACCAUAAUAUAUAAGAGAAUUUUAAUUUGAUUGUUCUAAGAAAAUGGUUAGAAAGUUUGUAAUUUAAAUGUUGAUUACAGCUAUAGAGACACUUUAAAAAUAGGAAGGAUAUAAAGAAUUGUUUGAAAUGGUUGAUGAUAAACCAAAAUCAUUAGUAGCUUCUUUAAUUAAUGCUUGGAUAUUAAUGAUUCCAGAAUUAAAAAAAAGUUUAAAAAAUUCAGUAGAAUUUUAUGAUCUCUUUUAUAAAUUUGCAAAAUUACAUCAGUAAAAUGCAUAAUAUUUAAUUUAAAAAAAGUUAGUUGGUAAAUUGUUGGAUCUUUCUAUAGAUGUACUUUUAGUAAAUCCUAAUAAAAACUUAAUUUAAUAAAGAGAAAUUGUUAGAAGAAUGGAUGAUAUAAAAGUAAUUAAAUUUACUGAUGAAGAUCUCAAUAAUUAUUUAGGAUAAUAAAAUUAUUAAAAUGUUGAUGUUGCAUCUAGUUAUUAUGAUGAAUUAUUGGAAAAGAAAUUUGAAAAAUCAAUGAAUUCUGGUCCAUCAACUAGUAGAGUAUAUUUAUGGAGAACAAUAGCCUAUUUAAUAAAAGGAGAGUAUAAAUAAUUACUAUCUACUGAAGAGCAAAUUCUACUUUAAUUCGAUAAUUAGUUUAUAUAAGUUCUUUUAGAAGAAGGAGAUUGUAAAUUGGCUAUUAGAAUGAUCUCAGAUAUACUAUGUGUUUUUUCAAUGGACAAUUAAAAAUAAAGUGAAGCUGUUAUAUCUUGUAUCAUUAAACAAAUCAAUGACAAGGAAUACAAAGAAUAUCGUAAAUAUUUAGUUGUUUUGAAAAGAUUGUUUCAAUUCAAGGAUCAACUUUAACCUAUGAGAGUACAUUUAUUUUUCUAAAUUUUAGAUUAAUAUGGGUAUGACUAAAUUAUUGGAUGCUAUGCAAAAAUAAUUUCAAUACUUUUUUGAGACUGAUGUUUGUUAAUAAUAUAUUUUAAGAGUAAAUAAAUAUUAUAAUAUUUAUAGAUGGUUUUUAGAAAUUAUUUAGUAUAUCAAUGGAUGGUCAAAAAUUAACGAUGUUGGCAAUGGAUCCUAGAAAAUAAUAAUUCUUAACCACAUCCUAAUGAUAAAUUAAUUGCCAAUAAUCAAAUUCCUUAAAAAUGUUAGCAUAGAUUACAUAAUAUCUAUUUACCUAAUACUUCUUAAGGAUAUGCUAAAUUAUUAAGUUGGAAAAAAUAACAAUAUUUAAAUUUAGCCAAAGAAACAUUUAAAUAAAAUGACGAAUUUGAUACAGAUGAUGAUUUGACUGAAAAAAAUGUUAAAGUAGAUGAAAAGAUAGAUUACUAGUAAUAUAAUUAUAUAUAUAAAUGUUUAGUGAUUAAAGUUAAUGGAUCACUGCAACAAUCAGCAAAGUUAUGGGUGACUACAUUCAUCUAACUUUUAGUGGUAAGAUGGCUCCUUAAAAUAUGGAUAUAGAAUUAGAUAAUGAAAAAUUAGCUCCAUUUAAUACACUAUCAAAUAAUAAUAAAAUACCUGGUAUUUAUAAUAUUUAUAAAUAGGAUACAAUAAUCAGAGUUAUGAAAUGAAUGAGCAUCAAUCCGAUCAUGAUAAUGAUACAGAAGAGGGUAACAAUAAUUCUAAUAAUUAAACUGAUUCAGAUGAAGAGUGAAAUUAAUAAUCAAGAAAGUAUUACAAUAUACAGU